UCUUUAAAAGCUUUACUGGGGGUAUGGUGCUGAUACGGUGAUAUCGGUGACAUUUAUCAGUCGUCGCUGUCAGCUGAUGAUCACAUUGCAAUUUGGAUGUCAUGUCCAAAGCUUGGGAGUUUAAUUGCCCGAAAUAUUUUGAUUUUGAACUUGGAGAUGAAGAGAAUGCCCCGUCAGCGGAAGAAUACUUUGAGAUUCACAAGGAUUCGCCAGUGCGGCGGCGACAAGCAAUACGAACUGUGAACACAACGCAUUUGAAGCCUGUGAAGCCCACGACAACCCCAUUCGAAAACGGCCAUAGGAAAUUGCCUGCACCUACAACUAAAUGUCUAGAGAAAGCAAGGCACAAGGGCAAGUGUAGCAAGCCUGCAACAUCGGUUCAUGUAGCCAUGGGAGCAGGAAGUGGAGGCAACUUCUUGUGGUCAAUUUUCUGGCUUAUAGUGCUCAUUAUCCUAUCUCUUCCUGUGGCUGGGAUCUGUGCCUUCCUGUACAUCAUUGUUUCGAUCUUCACACCUUGCAUUGAGCCACUCAAGUCCCUCGAAGACCUGCUCCACAGGGGAGUCAAUUUUCCACACACAUGCUCCCAGAAUAUGGUGCAUGGAAGUUCAUUAUGACUGUGCUGUUUCAAGAUGAAGAUGUCUUCAAAAAAUGUUGUUUAGAUCACAAAGAUGCAAGAGUACACAUACUGUGUUCCUUUUUUUUAUUAUUAUGCAGGCAGUGUUGUGACAACUGCAGUCGCUUGUAAGAUAACUUCAAUAAAUGUCGCUGAAGAAUUCAGCAAAAUUCCA